AUGAAGGCUGAUAAGGUGGGCCCACAUGUGUCAACAUAUAACAUUCUCAUGAAAAUAGAGGCUAAUGAACAUAACAUUGAAGGUCUGGCGAAGGUAUACAGUGAGAUGCAUCGAAAGAAAGUUGAGCCAAAUGAGGUGUCUUACUGCAUACUUGCUAUUGCACAUGCUGUGGCGAGGUUAUACACAGCUGCUGAGGCCUAUGUUGAGUCUAUAGAGAAGUCUGCUACAGGAAGUAACUGGUCUACACUGGAUCUCCUUCUUAUAUUGUAUGGAUAUCUCGGGAAGGCUAAGGAGCUGGAAAGAACUUGGUGUGUUGUGAAAGAUCUUCCCCAUAUUAGGUCAAAGAGUUAUAUGUUGGCUAUUGAAGCAUUCGGUAGGAUUGGACAACUUUCUCGAGCUGAGGAGCUCUGGUCAGAGAUGAAGUCGACGAAAGAGUUGAAAUCAACAGAGCAAUACAACUCUCUCAUAUCCGUGUAUUGCAAGCAUGGUUCCAUUAAUAAAGCUUCUGCUCUAUUCAAAGAGAUGGUCGCGAGCAGGUGCAGACCGAAUGCCAUUACUUACCGUCAUCUUGCAUUAGGUUGUAUGAAGGCGAAUCUAGUAAACGAAGCCCUGAGGACUCUGGACAUGGGUUCACGGUCAACAACAAGUGCAAAGGUCAGGAAAUCCACGCCGUGGUUCGAGACUACACUGUCUAUAGUUGAGAUAUUCGCAGAGAAGGGUGAUGUUGUCAAUGCUGAGAAGUAUUUCGGGGAGCUUGCUCAAGCGAAGUACGCCCGCUAUACUUUCGUGUACAACACGUUGAUAAAGGCUUAUCUGAAGGCCAAGGUUUGUGAUCCCAACCUCCUGAGAAGAAUGAUCCUCGGAGGUGCAAGGCCGGAUGCUGAGACGUAUAGCUUGAUUAAGCUUAUGGAGCAGGUCCAGAGAUGA